AUGUCCAAGAGGAAGCUGAAUUCAUCGAAAUCCGAAUCUUCGGCAAAAGUUUCGAAGAAUGUUGAUAAUUUCACUGAAUUUUGGGAUCAAAAUGUUGAUUCUCUGGGAAGUGCACAUUUAGCUGACAUGAAAGCUCGAACAAAAAGUGCACAGAAAGUUGAGCUUCCUGGAAUCGGUGCCACAUCUAUAUACAAAGGAACUCAAGAUUUCGAAGUUCAGACUGGUUCACUGGAUAUGUCAACUCUUGGGUGGAAUGAGGGAAUCGUCGAGAAUAUGACAACGAUGCUAGAAGAAACUGAGGUAGAGGAGAAAGAAGAGAUGCAAGUGGAAGAUGAAAGACAAACAAUUCUCAAAUUAACAGCUGAAUAUAGAGAUUUAUUGACUAUUUCUAAAGAUCAAGCAGGAUAUCGGUCUAUUUACUGUGCUCACAUCAUCCAACAUCUCAUUCGAAAUAAGAAUCUGAUCAUUGGAAACAAACGAAAAUUGGAAGUUGCAUCGGUGAAAGAGGGUGGAGCGGACGAAGAAACGAUCGAAUCGUGCAGAGAUUCUGGUUUUGUCAGACCUGUUGUGCUCAUUCUGUGUCCAUUUAAAAAAGACGCCUAUGAUAUCAUUAACCGAUUGAGGAAAAUCAUUCAUGGAGAUGAUGGAAAGGGAGAAGUUUGGAAUAAGAAUCGAUUCGAAGAAGAGUACAGUGGGCCAACAGAGCUGCCAACUACCAGGGCUGAUUUUCCAGAAGAUCACAAAGAACUUCUUCUUGGAAACAACGAUGAUGCGUUUCGAAUUGGUAUCGCGCUUUCUAAAAAAGUUUUGAAACUCUAUGAGAAGUUCGAAAAAGCGGAUAUCCUCGUUUGCUCGCCACUAGGACUUCGAAUGAUUCUGAAUGGAGAUGAUGGAAAUGAAUCUCAUCUGAUUAGUAGUAUCAACUUGACUAUUGUUGAUAGGACAGACAUCAUGAUUCAACAGAAUUGGGAAAACGUGCAACUGAUUUUCUCUCAUCUCCACUCCCAACCCUCAAAAAUCGAUGUGGACAUUUCGAGAGUGCGGAAGUUGUAUCUCGAUGGUCAUUCGAAACACUUCUCCCAACUGUUGAUGUUCUCUCGAUAUUCCCAUGAAUUGUUCACUUCUCUAAUUCUCCAAAACUCUCAAAACCACCGUGGUCUUGUGGUUGCCAAACCUAAACAAGCAGGAACCUUGAACGAUAUUGAAAUCCCACUUUGCCAGGAGCUCCACAAGUUCGAGGUGAAGGAUCCAAAUGAAACAUCAGAUCUGAGAUUCAAGUAUUUUGUGGAUAAGAUCAUGCCAACUAUGAUUCCACGAACAGUGAUUGUGAUCCCAUCAUAUUUCGAUUUCGUCCGGGUCCGGAAUCAUCUGAAGAAGGCGGAAGAGAGUUUUGUGAUGUGCCAUGAAUACGCGAGUCGAUCGAAAUUGGACAGAGCCAGAGAGAUGUUCUAUCACGAGAGGAAGAGCUAUUUGGUGGCUACUGAACGUUGGUAUUUCUUUAAUAGAAGACAGCUAACGGGAGUUCAUCGUUUAAUCUUCUAUCAACUUCCUUCCCAUCCCCUCUUCUAUUCUGAAUUCAUCAAUAUGUCAGAUGCGGAUACUUCGCAACGUUUUCUGGCAGUUCUACUCCUAUGCAAGUAUGACCGAAUUCGACUGGAAAACACUUUUGGUACUGAAAUGGCGGCGGCUGUUAUGGCCAAUAAACAGACAGUGCAGGCUAUUGUGAGCCAUUAG